UAAUAAAAAUGAUUAGUUGCAGACAUGUGAAGGAGUAGGAGUAGGAGUCGCCUUGUUUCAUGCAAUUCUUUUUAAAUCUUUUGUUCAAAGAAACGAGUUUCUUCAGAGAUUAUGUGUGUGUAUAAAGCCAUAGCUUGACUUGUUCAAGGAGAUUAAUCGGGUUACGUUGGAGAAUUCUUUCUUUUCUUUUAAUCUUUUCAUUAUAUAAAUCUGUGAUUUGUCAACCCCGUGGUUGGCAAGAAAGAAAGUGAAAGAAAAACCAGGAAAUUUUGUUUUAAACAAAGAAAGAGUACUUGACUAAAAGAUUUGAAAGAGGGCAGCUAUCAAUGGAAAGAAAUAUAGAGUCCACUAGUAUUGCUGCUGCUAUUAAUAUGCAGAACUCCCUUAUUCAAGUUCAAGAAAAUAGAUUUCCAUCUAUCAAGGUUCAAGAAUCAACAGCCCAUAACGAGACUGCAACAGUGGCGAGACAAUUCAGCCAGAGGCUCUUCCGAGUCCUUUUUCUUGCACAGCUAAUCCUAACAGCAAUUCUAGUAAUCUUCCUCACCAUCCGUGGCCUCCUCUCUUCGCAUAGCCACCACUUCCAUCCCAAGAAAUGGUAUCCCCCACUCUUGUCUGCCACGGGAAGUGCUGGAAUUGUGGCUUUCACUUGGCAAUGGAUCACCUUCCGCUACCCCUCGAGAGCUCUAAAAGCAGCAUUUUGGUUUAGUCCCUUGCUAACAUGUGCGGUUGGGAUAUUGCUUGUAUUGAUUGGCUCUGCUGCAAGUCUUGCUUUAGGUUCAGUUGCAGUUGUUUUUGCUGUCAUUCAAUCCCUUUAUUCUUGUUGGGUGAAUCCCAGAUUUGAUUAUGCCAUCAAGGUUCUAUCAGUUUCUACAGCUUUCCCUCCUUCUAGAAAUACAAAACUGGUCAUUGUCGCCAUCUUCACAAGCAUUUUCUAUUCUAGUUUCUUGGUGUCUGGGAUAGGGGGAGCCACCAUUACUGGAACUGAAAUAGAUAUCUUCUUCAUAUUGGUGAUCCUGCUAAGCCUGACAUGGACUAUGCAGGUGAUAAGAAACGCAUUGCAGGUUACAGUCGCACGUAUCAAGUACAUACACUUUUCAUGUGGGGCAGACAUGGAUACAAGAGUUGCUUUAAGAGACACAGUCAAACACUUGAUGGGGAGCAUAUCUAUAGGCUCUGCCCUUGUCCCUAUUCUUGCAGUCAUUUGGGGCUCUGCGCGAGCGAUUAAACGGGUUGCAGGCGGUACAGACGAGUUCUUGUUCUCUUGUGCUAACUGCUAUUCUGCCAUAGCCUCAACACUUGUGACCUAUGGGAAUAGAUGGGGUUUUGUGCAGGUAGGAGUUUAUAACAAGGGGUUCGUACAAGCAUCCAUGGAUACAUGGGAGAUGUUCAGUAACAGGGGGUUGGAACCGCUAAUUGAUUCAGACCUUACAGGAUCAUUCUGUUUCCUGUCUGGGAUAGCAGGAGGGGCUGUGUGCACCCUGGUUGGAGGAAUAUGGACACUCGCAGUUCAUAAGAGCUAUGCAACAGAAGUGUCAAUUUAUGCCUUCUUGAUAGGCUAUUUCAUGUGUCGGAUUGCAAUGGCAUGGCCGCAGGCAUGCGUUUCAGCUUACUAUGUGGUUUAUGCAGAGAAUCCACAGAGUCUACGGUUUGACCCAACUAUUCCAGUUCGAAUUCAAGAACUUCAGAGAUACGGUGCUUAACAUUCCGGAAGCAUCUUUGACAUGGUUACUAAAACCAGACAUAUGAAUACAAUGAAUCUUCAAACUUGUACCACAAAUACCACCCUAGAAUGUAUAUUGAUGCCUAACACCAUGUGAAUUUGUCAAGGGUAACUUUUGGUCCCAUCUCACUGAUAUUGGAAAUGAAAUGAGUCUUCUUUUAGAUCCAAAA